AUGGCCCCAUUUAAUUUAGCCAGAUGUAAGGUUCAGGUCAAAUUAUCACUUCAAAGAUUAAGAAUGGUAGUAGAAAAAAUGGAAGCAAGUGCCAAAGUUUCUAGAAGAGAAAUUGCAACUCUUCUUGAAAAAGGUAAACUUGAAACUGCAAGAAUUAGAGUAGAAACGAUAAUUUCAGAUGAUGUACAUAUCGAAUUACUUGAAAUUAUGGAGUUAUAUUGUGAGAUCUUAUCUGCUAGGAUCAACUUGAUUGAGUUUUCAUCAGCUGUCGAUCCAGGGAUUUCAGAUUCAGUAGCAAGUAUCAUUCAUGCAGCUCCAAGGACUGAAGUUAAAGAAUUACAUCAACUAAGGGAGAUUUUAAUGUAUCGAUAUGGUCGUGAUUAUACGAUUUCAGUCAUGGAAAAUCGUGACAACAUAAUCCCAAGUCGAGUGACCAGUAAAAUCAAUUUAACCACACCUGAUUCUAAAUUAGUAGAAAUGUAUUUAAAUGAAAUCGCAAGAGCUUAUACAUUACCCUUACCAUUCAAAGAACUUGAACCAAAUUCAUUAUCAAGUUUAAAAGAAGAAGUCAAUCAAGAAGAACCGUUAUCGAUUUUAGAAUCUCAACCCAAACCAACCAAU